GCUUUCUAUAACAGUGCUUGGGAAUAGGAGCAGGAGGGUUUUCCACUAAGUGACAGUUGCUGAGUACUGGUUCUACCCCCUCCUUCUUUGCACACCUGUAAACUCAUUUUGUCUGGACUGAAUAUUUAAAUUACAUCUCUGCUGCUAGAGUUCUUCUUGGAAAUCCCAGCAUAACAAGGAUACCUAUUGGGCUGGAUGAACUAAGAAGAUGAAGGCAACUAUUAUCCUUUUGUUACUUUUGCCCCUUUGCAUUUCUAAACCUUUUCACCAAAGAGGCUUGUUUGACUUCAUGCUAGAGGAUGAUGCAUCAGGAGAUGGGUCAUCUCUAUGGCCGGAACCAGCCUUACCCACCGAUGGACCAACUGGGCCUAUCGGUCCUAUUUGCCCAUUCCGCUGCCAGUGCCAUCUGCGAGUUGUGCAGUGUUCUGAUAUAGGUUUGGAGCAAGUACCAAAGGAUAUACCCUCCGAUACCACUUUACUUGACUUACAGAACAACAAAAUCACUGAAAUCAAGGAGGGCGAUUUCAAGAAUCUAAAGAGCCUUCAUGCUUUAAUUCUUGUUAAUAACAAAAUCAAGUCAAUCAGUCCCUCUGCUUUUGCUUCUCUUACAAAACUGGAAAGGCUUUACCUAUCAAAAAAUAACUUGAAAGACCUGCCAACCAACAUGCCGAAAUCACUUCAAGAACUUCGUGUUCAUGAAAAUUCAAUCACAAAACUGAAAAAAUCGGUGUUUGAUGGAUUAAAUAACAUGAUCGUGGUCGAAUUAGGUACAAAUCCAAUAGAAAGUUCAGGAGUUGAAAAGGGAGCUUUUCAAGGAAUGAAAAAGCUGUCUUACCUUCGAAUUGCCGAUACCAAUAUAACCAAUAUCCCUAAAGGGCUUCCAAGUUCGUUAACUGAGCUUCACCUUGAUGGAAACAAAAUCACUAAAGUUGAUUCUGACAGUCUAACUGGGCUAAACAACCUUGCCAAGUUAGGUCUAAGCUAUAACAACAUCAUUACUUUUGAAAAUGGAACGAUAACAGGUGUUCCUCAUUUAAGAGAACUUCACUUAGACCAUAAUGCCCUGACACAGGUGCCUGCCGGGCUUGGAGAACACAAGUACAUUCAGGUUGUGUACCUUCAUAGUAAUAAAAUUGCUGCUGUUUCCACAAAUGAUUUCUGCCCACUCGGAUAUAACACAAAGAAGGCCUCAUACUCAGGCAUCAGCCUUUUUAGCAAUCCAGUGCAAUACUGGGAAAUUCAGCCGGCCACAUUCAGAUGUGUAUAUGAACGAUCUGCUAUACAAAUUGGAAACUACAAGUAAAUCCUGGAUGUGUUGCAAAUAAAGUCAUUUUUAUUUGUAUUUCUUUCUUUUGUUUGUUUGUUUGUUUAAAUAAAUUCUUAAUAAACAAAAAUGUCAAAUACUGAAAAGUAUCCCAAAACAGAAUAGUCAGCUUACUUGCAUUAUUUUGUUUUGAGUUGCAUAAUGAUGAAAAAUAAAUAACUUUAGCUGUGCUCUUCUGUCCCCUUAUUAAAGCAGUGUUAAGUGCACAAUACACACAGUAUGGAUAUAGCUACUUAAACCUGAGAAGAAGUUGAUUUGAUCAAAAUAAUGUGUAGGUUUUCUUUAAUAAACUAUAGACGUGGAUGAUCAUUAGACCCAACAACGUUCAUCCAAAGCUCCGUAACAUGUUAUACAUCUCUGAUACAAAUCCAUUUGUAUUAAAUGGUAGUUUGGAUAAAUUGUUACACACACACAAUUUAAAGUAUAGGUUAUACUAAUAGCUUAGUGUGUAUUAAUGUUACUGACACUCACUUUGAAUGUUGUCUUUUGUCAUAUCUAUUAGCCUGUAAAUAUCAGAAAAAGAGAAAACACUUUCCUUGUCUAUAGGAAUUUGCUGCAUCUUCACAUUCUUGUGAGGAUGCAGCAAAUUUAGGGCAAAUCUGUUAUCUGUGCUGAUUAUGUCUGUGUGUAUUUGGAAAACACUAUUUUAGAAAUCCUUGUAAUUAAUAAGCAAACAGUUUUAGAGCAAAAAUUAUUUGCAUAAAUCUACAAUGGCAAUAAAGAUUAUUUGACAUUAUAUUUUGUAAUAUUGUGGAAAGUAAGACAAUGCAAAAAUAUAAAUAUGUAUCUCCAUCUUGAACCAACUAUUUUUUUUUUCAGCGCAAAUGUUUCAAGUAUGUUUUAGAUUCAGUUGCAUUACCUAAUCUAAAAUGUCAAGCUGAUUUACCUAAUGAGAAAACUCAGAAAGUUUAAAACAACAUAUUGAAUUUAUAUUUACCUUAGUGCAUACUUCUCACCAAAAUUCAAGGAAAAGAGCUAAACAAAAAUUAAGUUUUAGACUCAAUUGCUAUAUUGAAACAGAUUCCAGUCCAGCAUACUGUAAAUGUGUAUGAUCGUCUUGCAAGUUGUAUUAAAACAUCACAGUAAUUGGCAGUCUCAUAUAAAGGCGUUUAUUUAAAGAAGAAGAAGAAGACCUUAUUUAUAACUCUUUGAAAAACUGUCCCUAUACAGUAAUCUAUCGCCACCAAUCAACAAUUGCCUUUGACCAAUCAACGAUUGCCUUUGACCAAUCAACGAUUGCCUUUGACCAAUCAACGAUUGCCUUUGACCAAUCAACGAUUGCCUUUGACCAAUCUGCUUGAAGUAGGAGACUGAAAGCAAAGAUAAGAUUGACUCCUAUGGGUUCUAUUGCACAAGGAUAAUAUUGCCUAGUAUAAGUAAUUGAGCCCUGCUGAUUUUAAGUUUAGUUCAUGGGAAAUAUUAGAUUAAGUGAUCAAAAAUGAAAAAUUUCCAGCAAGUCUUAACAAAUUCAAAAUGUGAAUAUAUACGUAUCCUGGACACCAAUCUUGUAAUUUCUUAAAUUCAAUCAUCCAUGAAAAUAGAGAUGAUUUUAAAAUAUGCUAAUACAAGAUUAAAUUAAAAUAUGAUUGCCCAUAUAAUAUUCAAAAUAUUCAAAAUCAACAUAGGUCUACCUACCUAACACUCAACAAUUUCACCAUUAAAGUUUUUGUAAACAGAACCACAACUAUUUCAUUAUAUUAAAGUUGUUGAUUCCUAAGUGAUUUUGAGAGGGGGACAUGUUUUCAAGUGCUUAAGUUAAAUAUUUACUAAUAAACAAGGUGGAAAAUUGGUGAUGUGUCCUGCUGUACUUUUAGAAUAAUUUGCAGAACAUUCUUUUAAUUAUGCAUUUAUAUCUAUAAUCAUUAUAAAUUAUAUUUUUGGCAAGUAAGCAUCUAUCAGUUCAGAUUUAUGUGGUUACCACUUCUAAAGGCACAGGUGGUAGAACUGAUAGUUAGAAUAUUUAAAUGAUAUAUAUACAAUAGGAAUGUAUAUUCUUAGAAGGGCACUUGGAAAACAUUGUACCUUUAAAGAGUGUCCAAUAGACUUUCUUUUGAUAAAAAUAUUAAUGUGUUAAAGAUGGAGUUUGUAGAUGUCAAACUGUUUAUGAAUUGUUUUAUUAAAAUAGAAAACAAUUAUUUUGUUGAUCAAAAAUAAAGUGAUUGAAUUACA